CACCGCAACGCUCGUGCGCUGUUGCGUGGCCGCAGUUAAACGGUUCUGGGGUUGAGUGCCAUAUCCCUUUCUCUUAAAUUGGAGAGUGACGGAGUUAUGUCACAAGCAUAGUUCAUUGAAGUGUUCCGGUCUUCAGAGAAGUAAACCAAAGAUAGAAAUUGAUGUAAUGCCUGAAGUAUCUUCCCUUUUUACCGUUGGAGGUAUGAAAAAACAUGUGAUGGAGAAGAAGAAUAGACCUCUAAAAGUUACAAAGCUGAAUGCUUUUCUUGCAUUUAAAAUCAAAACCAAGAUAAUUAACAACUCUUCACUUUUUAAAAAUUCUUUGAAAAGUAAUAAUAAGGCACUGGCCAUGGCCCUUUGUACAGAGAAAGAAAAUUCUCGGCGGCUGGAAAAUGAAAAGCUGUUAUUACAAAAAGAAUUGGAUGGGCUGAACUUGCAAAAUAUCUUACUUCGCCAAAAGCUAAGUUACCUGAACAAAACUCUAAAAGAAAUUCAAGCAUUCAUGAAUAAUAUUUUAACUGCAAUUGAAUUAAGCACCUUUUCUGAGUGUAUUCCAAAACCUGUAACAAUGGAUGAUGCUCAGUGCAGCAAUUCUGGUCAUGAAUCCAAGCUUUCAAAAAAUCAAAUAAGACCUACUGAACAAUAUUUGAUCACUCCUCAUAUUGUAGAAAGUGAUGGGAAAAAAGAGAACUUGUUUGUAUGUGACACAGAUGGUCCUUUUGAGCAGAUAUCUGUACUCUCAAAAGAAAUUACAGCAGAUCAAAUGAACAUACAGAUAUUAGACCCUAAGCAAAUGCCAAAACCAAGUGAAUUAAAUAAAAUGGAAACAGAAUUUGCCACAAAUACAUUUCCAGAAGAAAAGCUAUCUAAUAUCUUUAAAACUUCUCUAGAUUAUGCAUCAUCUGCAAAUGAAUAUGAAAGUCAGUUAAAAGGACAUAAUAAUCCUUUUCCAAUGCAUCGAUAUAUAAGUGAAAGAAAGAAAGAAAUGUGCAUUUCAAGUAUUCACCCUCUUGUAAACAAUUUUGGUACAAAAAAAGAUAGUAACUGUAUACUACAUUUUUGCACAGCCAGCAAUUGCAAUAUUGAUAUUGGUAAUCAGAGAGACCCAAAUGGUGUUUCACAUAUUAAAUUGACUUCCCAACCUAGUAGUAAGCUUGUUCACAUGAACAAAGAAGAUUUAAUAAAAAGUCAAAAAUCAGAGGAAACUAUAUAUGAUACCGAUAUGGAAUUAACUGCGAGUGAAUUGGGUGAAAUAGUUAUAAUUAAAUCUAGAGAUAAGAAAUUUAAUAAGGUUAAAGCUGACAAAAUUUCAGAAAAUCUAAGAAAAGUAACAUUUGCAAGUACAAAAAAGCACAUUAAAAAAAAUAUAGCAAUAAACCCCCCAAAAAGUAAUGAAAAUGUUCCAAAACCCAUCCACACCAUUAAAUCAAAGAAAAAAUUACCACUCAAAGUAGAAUUGUUUAAAAAGAUAACAUCCUGGGAAAUGGAACGGGAAAAUACCAAUGAACAAGAUGUUGAGGAAAAUAAUAAAGACAGUAACAAAAAUUACAAGCACCUGCAUUUAAUAGAUAUCAACUGUCAACUGCAAACUACUAAUAUUUUACAGUCAGAAAAAGAGGAAAAAACAAUUUCUGAAACCGUAGAGGGAGUAAUUAGGCAGAAUGCAGGAGAAAAUUCGGAUUCAUUAUUACAAGAUAGUAAUAUUGGAAAUUUGCUAUCAAUGGCAAGCCCCAUAAUGGAUAAACAAGAAAAUUUAACCAUAAAUGAGAGUUAUCCUGAUACUUCCAAAAUCAACAAAUCAAACUAUUAUGAAAUGGAAAAUAUGCAGCAUUUAAGAAAUUUGGAAAGAUUUGGAUCAAAGGAAUGCAGGUACGAUUGCCAAACAAAACAUUAUCAAAGAACCAAUGUAAAAAGUGGAUGCAGCAGCAAAGAAGUUACUUGCAAAUACAAUAUAACAGCAGAAGGAUCUACAGAUGCUUUACAUGUUUCAAAGAUUUUGCAAAAUGACAAAAGAAGAAUUUUUGCAAAAGCUAGCCGGAAGACAUAUAUUAUAUAUCCAGACUCUCUUAAUGAGAGAAAAAUGUAUGUGAAACAGAAAUUAAACAGUGAAAAAUUAUAUGAUGAAAAUAUUCCUCAUAAGGCAUCUAAAGAGGAAGGAAAAACUUUCAGUGUUCAGAGAGUAACUUCAUGUUCCCUAAAAGAUGCUGAAAUUUCUAUAGAAGCAAUAAAUGAAAAACAAGGUUCCACAUCAUGUAGACAUGAUCAAAAUAAAAAGGAGAAUAUCCCUGCUAUAAAUAAAUCUGAAAGGUAUUAUCAGGAAGAAAAUGAUAGUGUUUUUACAAAGAAAGCAGACAUAACUUAUGAAGAAUCGUGCAACAGAAAGCCAGUGCAAGAUUCUGGGAACAAGCCUCUUCAGGAAUUGACAAAUAUUGGUAUAAAUUCAAAUCCCAAAUCCAAGAAAGAUAUAGAAGAACAUUCUGUACAAUCUGUUAGACGCAGGCGAGCAACAGUUUGCUACAAAGAGCCCAGUAUCCAAAGCAAACUGAGGAAAGGAGAGGAUGCUACAAAAGAUACAUUUCUUAAUUUUCCAGUUUUCAAAGUGAAAAAUAAGCAACAUUUCAAGACUAAAUCCAGAUUAAUCUAAAGAAAAUAUACAGAAAACAAUGAUUUUAU